GUUGUGGCUACGUGGCAUAGGUUCGUGCGUCGCGGCGCUGGCGAUGUCCACUGACGUCAUUUAUGACCCGAAAGGCUUUCACUCAAUCCUGGGCAAGGGGCUGAAUGCCAGUCAAGCUUAUGUCGAGACGGAAAUCACGCGCAAGUGUGACUGUCACAUGAUGUGCUUCACUCGCAACGAGUGCGCGGCGUUCAGUGUUCGCCCGAGCAGCAACAACGCGCUCACGUGCAGGCUGGCCAGAGAAAACGUCUACGUCAACACGCCAGGCGACGUCCCUUGGGCUUUGUACUUUGUCAAGAAACAGCUGGUGGAGCCUUGGGCCAUCGAUCGUCUGAUUUACCGCCGCUUGACCACCCAAGUCCGGGGCUACGCCGCCAGCAAGGCGGCAUGCGAGGCCAUCCCCGGCUUCCGCCUGAUUGCCGUCAUGUUCGAGGCCCAGAUGUCCAUCCUGCUGGAGUUGUGCCUCGGCAGGAAACCCAACCCCGGAGAGACUAGCUGUAGUGACUGGAGUAGGUGGUUCUACGUUGACAUGGUCAAGAUCAAGAACGUACCCAUGAUCCGAGGGCAAACACCUUUGGCUGAUACCGACGUUACCAGCGUUCUCAUUAACGACGAAAAUGCUAAUUUCAUCUACGCGUCAUCGGGGCAGAUUAACGAUGAGCCCUCGUGGUGGCCUUUCUUUCCUGUCUGCCAAGCCAACGUUUUUGGCGUGAACUGGUAGAUGUCGAGUUAUCGAGUAAUUAUAGCAGGUUAAAAAUGUCUUGCCUGUGGUCAGGCAAACGUAGUUCAUGGAUGUUAUUGUAAAAGCAUAAAAUUUUUAGGCCGUGUAUCAUGCUUCAACAGGCCGGAGAUGAACAAAUGUACGUCCGGUGUCGAUUUUGCAUUGCGACUAAGUCAUUUUGACAAUGACGCACUCUAGAAUUGGUGUCAUGUCACUUGGGACUCUGGGCCAAUUAACAGCCAACUCCUCAGGAGGACUGAUGACAUCAUAAACUUUCCUAUAUAUUUUUCCUUAUCUAUCUAUCCUUAUCUAUCUAUCCUUAUCUAUUAUACUAUAUCUGUAUUUUAGAUGAAGUGCGCGGUCGUUUUUGGGCUGUCGUGAGGUAAGCCAGCAUUGACUGCUGAGGUAAACUGCUUGAACAUCCAGCCAAUGAACAGGGAAAUUUUGACGUUUGAUUGAAAUUGGUGUUUGGUAUCAGGUUUGGUUGAACUUUUAUAUUCGCAUUUAGUUCGGUUGAAAUGGGGCAUCGGGUUUGGUUGAAGUGUCAUGAUUGUCUCUGGUUUGAUUGAAGUGUUACGUUGGUGUCUGGUUCGGUUGAAGUGUUAUGAUGGUAUCUGGUUCGGUUGAAGUGUUAUGAUGGUAUCUGGUUCGUUUGAAGUGUUUUGAUGGUAUCUGGUUCGGUUGAAGUGUCAUGAUUGUCUCUGGUUUGAUUGAAGUGUUACGUUUGUGUCUGGUUCGGUUGAAGUGUUAUGAUGGUAUCUGGUUCGGUUGAAGUGUUUUGAUGGUGUCUGGUUCGGUUGAAGUGUUAUGUUGGUAUCUGGUUCGGUUGAAGUGUUAUGAUGGUAUCUGGUUCGGUUGAAGUGUUAUGUUGGUAUCUGGUUUAGUUAAAAUGUUUUAUUGGUAAUUCAUUAGCGUGAAUAACUUAUACUCGUGUGUCUAAAUAUAGUGUGUUAUUUGGAUCGACUUUUCUAUUUAGGCAGCACAACUUGCCUUCAUGGAAGGAAAGUUUUUUUAGCAAACACGGCGCUUUUAUAAAAUUUAGCAUUAGUUAAAAAUGAGAUUUUUAGCCGUUGGGUCAGAUUCCGUUGAGAUUUAAUUUUCAAUUAACUGCAAGGAGAAAAAACUUCGCU